AGCCGAGCCCAGUCUCUGCCCUGCGGCAUCGCGGGCGGGACGCGCCGAGCGUGGGAUGCCCGCGCCCCGGAGGGCGGCUUCCGCGGUAGGCGCUGUCAGGUCUGCGGCUGAUCUCCCGCUGGGAUUUGCGGACAGUCAUGAACCAGACCGAGGCACCCCGGCCACUCAACUGGACCAUCCGGAAGCUGUGCCAUGCCGCCUUCCUCCCCUCUGUCAGACUCCUUAAGGCGCAGAAAUCAUGGAUAGAAAGAGCAUUUUACAAGAGAGAAUGUGUUCAUAUCAUACCCAGCACCAAAGACCCCCAUAGGUGUUGCUGUGGGCGUCUAACAGGUCAACACAUUGGACAGCCUCCAAGCGCCUCUGUUACUCAGAAUGAGAAAAAUGAAACCAGGCUUGCUCGCAAUGACAUCCAGUCGGAGAAGUGGUCCAUCAGCAAGCACACGCAGCUCAGCCCGACGGACGCUUUUGGAACCAUUGAGUUCCAAGGAGGAGGCCACUCCAAUAAAGCCAUGUAUGUACGUGUGUCUUUUGACACAAAGCCUGACCUUCUUCUGCAUCUGAUGACCAAAGAGUGGCAACUUGAGCUCCCCAAGCUUCUCAUCUCUGUGCAUGGGGGCCUUCAGAAUUUUGAACUUCAGCCAAAACUCAAACAAGUCUUUGGAAAAGGACUUAUUAAGGCUGCAAUGACAACUGGAGCAUGGAUAUUCACUGGAGGAGUAAACACAGGGGUCAUUCGGCAUGUUGGAGAUGCCCUGAAAGACCAUGCCUCAAAAUCUCGAGGGAAGAUCUGCACCAUCGGUAUAGCACCCUGGGGGAUUGUGGAAAAUCAAGAGGAUCUGAUUGGCAAAGAUGUGGUCCGACCAUACCAGACGAUGUCCAAUCCCAUGAGCAAGCUGACAGUGCUCAAUAGCAUGCAUUCUCAUUUUAUUUUGGCUGACAAUGGUACUACUGGUAAAUAUGGAGCAGAGGUAAAGCUUCGUAGACACCUGGAAAAGCACAUUUCACUUCAGAAGAUAAAUACAAGAAUUGGCCAAGGGGUUCCAGUGGUAGCCCUUAUUGUGGAAGGAGGUCCCAAUGUCAUCUCCAUUGUUCUGGAAUACCUGCGUGACACUCCUCCUGUUCCUGUUGUGAUAUGUGAUGGCAGUGGCCGAGCAUCUGACAUCCUUGCCUUUGGCCACAAAUAUUCUGAAGAAGGAGGACUUAUCAACGAGUCUUUGAGGGACCAGUUGCUAGUUACCAUCCAGAAGACUUUCACAUACACCCGAACCCAGGCACAGCACCUCUUCAUUAUCCUCAUGGAGUGCAUGAAGAAGAAGGAGCUGAUCACAGUUUUUCGAAUGGGAUCAGAAGGACACCAGGAUAUUGAUUUAGCUAUCCUGACAGCACUACUAAAAGGAGCUAACGCAUCUGCCCCCGACCAGCUGAGCCUGGCACUAGCCUGGAACAGAGUAGACAUCGCCCGCAGUCAAAUCUUUAUUUAUGGGCAGCAGUGGCCGGUGGGCUCCCUUGAGCAAGCAAUGCUGGAUGCGCUGGUAUUGGACAGAGUGGAUUUUGUGAAAUUACUCAUAGAAAAUGGAGUAAGCAUGCAUCGUUUUCUCACCAUCUCCCGGCUAGAGGAAUUGUACAAUACGAGACACGGACCAUCCAACACUCUGCAUCAUCUAGUCAGGGAUGUGAAAAAGCGAGAAUAUCCAGGUUUCGGUUGGAUCUAUUUUAAGGGAAACUUACCUCCUGAUUACCGGAUAAGUUUGAUUGAUAUUGGGUUGGUGAUAGAGUAUCUGAUGGGAGGAGCGUAUCGCUGCAAUUACACCCGAAAGCGGUUCAGAACACUGUACCACAAUUUGUUCGGGCCCAAGAGGCCAAAAGCUCUGAAGCUGUUGGGAAUGGAGGAUGAUGUCCCUUUGCGUCGAGGGAGAAAACCAACAAAGAAAAAAGAAGAAGAAGUUGAUAUUGAUAUGGAUGAUCCUGAGAUCAAUCACUUUCCCUUCCCAUUCCAUGAGCUGAUGGUGUGGGCUGUGCUGAUGAAACGUCAGAAGAUGGCCCUUUUCUUUUGGCAACAUGGGGAAGAGGCUAUGGCUAAAGCUCUGGUGGCCUGCAAACUCUGCAAAGCCAUGGCCCACGAAGCAUCAGAAAAUGACAUGGUGGAUGACAUAUCCCAAGAGCUGAACCAUAAUUCCAGGGACUUCGGCCAGCUGGCGGUCGAGCUCUUGGACCAGUCAUACAAGCAGGACGAGCAGCUGGCAAUGAAGCUGCUGACCUAUGAGCUGAAGAACUGGAGCAACGCCACGUGCCUGCAGCUUGCAGUGGCAGCCAAGCACAGGGACUUCAUCGCUCACACUUGCAGCCAGAUGCUGCUCACUGACAUGUGGAUGGGUCGUCUCCGGAUGCGAAAAAAUUCUGGCCUAAAGGUAAUUCUAGGAAUUCUACUUCCUCCUUCAAUCCUCAGCUUGGAGUUCAAGAACAAAGAUGAUAUGCCCUACAUGACCCAGGCCAAUGAGAUACAUCUUCAAGAAAAAGAUCCAGAGGAACCAGAGAAGCCAGUGAAAGAAAAAGAUGAGGAAGACAUGGAACUCACUGCAAACAGCAGGAGCUGCCCCCAGGACCCCGAAUGCAGGCAGGCAGAAGGACCUGCCUACAGGACCCAAUAUGCAGGCAAGCCGAAGGACCAGCCCACAAGACCCACCUACAGGACCCGUUUGCAGGCAAUGCUUGGACGGGGCAAUGGAGAGUCCUCAAGAAAGAAGGAGGAUGAGGAAGUUCAGAGCAGGCACAGAAUGAUCCCCAUUGGAAGAAAGAUUUAUGAGUUCUACAAUGCUCCUAUCGUGAAGUUUUGGUUUUACACUCUGGCAUACAUAGGCUACUUGAUGCUGUUCAACUACAUUGUGUUGGUGAAGAUGGAUCGCUGGCCAUCUAUUCAGGAGUGGAUUGUCAUCUCAUACAUUUUCACUCUGGGAAUAGAGAAGAUGAGAGAGAUCCUCAUGUCAGAGCCUGGGAAACUGCUGCAAAAAGUCAAAGUUUGGCUCCAGGAGUACUGGAAUGUUACCGACCUCAUAGCUAUCCUCCUGUUCUCCGUUGGGAUGGUUCUCCGUCUGCAAGACCUGCCUCUCCGGAGCGACGGACGCGUCAUCUACUGCGUCAACAUCAUCUACUGGUACAUCCGGCUGCUGGACAUCUUCGGCGUGAACAAGUACCUGGGGCCCUACGUCAUGAUGAUCGGGAAAAUGAUGAUAGACAUGAUGUACUUUGUCAUCAUCAUGUUGGUGGUUCUGAUGAGCUUUGGUGUGGCAAGACAGGCAAUUCUCUUCCCCAAUGAGGAGCCUUCAUGGAAGCUGGCGAAAAACAUUUUUUACAUGCCUUACUGGAUGAUCUAUGGGGAAGUGUUUGCAGACCAGAUAGACCCACCUUGUGGUCAAAAUGAAACCAGAGAAGACGGCAAAAUUAUCCAGCUACCUCCCUGCAAGACAGGAGCAUGGAUCGUUCCUGCCAUCAUGGCCUGCUACCUCUUGGUAGCAAACAUCCUUUUGGUGAAUCUUCUCAUUGCAGUUUUCAACAACACGUUUUUUGAAGUCAAAUCUAUAUCGAACCAAGUUUGGAAGUUUCAAAGGUACCAGCUCAUCAUGACAUUCCACGAAAGACCUGUUCUCCCACCACCUCUGAUCAUUUUCAGCCACAUGACGAUGAUAUUUCAACACCUCUGCUGCAGAUGGAGGAAGCAUGAAAGUGACCCGGAUGAGAGAGACUAUGGAUUGAAACUUUUCAUUACUGAGGAUGAAUUGAAAAAGGUCCAUGAUUUUGAAGAGCAGUGCAUAGAAGAGUAUUUCAGAGAAAAGGAUGACAGAUUCAACUCCUCCAAUGAUGAAAGAAUCCGUGUCACUUCAGAAAGGGUGGAGAACAUGGCCAUGCGACUAGAAGAAGUGAAUGAGAGAGAGCACUGCAUGAAGGCCUCUCUGCAGACUGUUGACAUCAGGCUUGCUCAGCUGGAAGACAUGAUGGGACGAAUGGUGACUGCCUUAGAAAAGAUGGCUGGCAUUGAGAGAGGUGAGACAACAAAGAUCCGAUCCAGGACCUCAUCUGACUGUACUGAUACAGCCUACAUCGUGAGGCAGAGUAGCUUCAACAGUCAGGAAGGAAAUGCCUACAAGCUUCAAGAGAGCAUUGAUCCCACAGGAGAGGAGUCCAUGUCCCCAACGUCACCUACAAUCACACCCCGCUUGCGAAGCCACUCCUUCUAUGCAGCAAAUAUGAAGGACAAGUGUGGGUUGGAAAAGUUGGAAAGCAUUUUUAAGGAAAGAUCGCCAAGCCUGCAUCGGGCAAUCAGUUCCCACUCAAUAGCAAAGGAAGGAAAGGCUCCUUUACCCCCUACCAGCACUUUGUCAAUCGCCCCAGACUCCAGAAGACCUUCGUCUUGUAUAGACAUCUAUGUUUCUGCCAUGGAUGAGAUGCAUUCUGACACAGAACCUCUCGAGAGCUCCAUAAAUAUUCUUGGUCCUGAAGAUGCAGCUCUGCCAGCUCACAUAGCCUCUUCCCUUUUAACUAAUAGUGCAUACAUCAGCAGUACAGCUGGUGAAAAGAUCUCUGGCAGGAGUCUUGAUUAUGAGGAAACUUCUGGAAUAGAAACAAGAGCAUUUUCUUCAGACUAUUCACAAAUCACAGACUGCCAAAUCCCAUGGGAUUCAGACCCUCCCUUAUAUCAUACUUUAGAGCGAUCCAAAAGCAGUCGUUACCUGGCUACUACUCCAUUUAUUCUGGAGGAAACACCAAUUGUGAAAUCCCAUAGCUUCAUGUUCUCUCCUUCUCGAAGCUACUUCAGUAGCCUUGGUGUCCCAGUCAAAACAGCAGAGUACACAAGUAUUACAGACUGCAUAGACACAAGGUGUGUGAGCGCUCCCCAGGCCAUUGCAGAGAGGGCCAGUUUCCCUGGGAGUCUCAGGGGCAAAGUGGAAGACUUGGGAUGCUGCCACCCAGAGAGAGAAGCUGAACUAACCCACCCGAGCUCUGAUCAUGAGGAUAUUGAGGUCAAAGACAAGAAGGGAAUCCCCUUAUCUCCUCAAGACAGCAGUGCUACAACAACUCUGCCCAACAGCAUCCCACUCCCAAAAAUAGAGCGAGCCAACAGCUACUCUGCAGAGGAGUCCAACGUGUUGUACGUGCAGCACACACGGAAGAGCUACUCCAUCAGUGACAAACUUGACAGGCAGCGAAACACAGCAGGCCUGCGGAACCCCCUGGAGAGGAGCAAGUCCUCCAGGUCAGAGAGCAGAGGGGAUAACCUGUCCAUGAGGAGACUGUCAAGAACUGGAGCUUUCUGCAGCUUUGAAAGCAAGCACAGCUAGGCUUAUACAAAGCUCACCAGCAGUCUAAGGGUCAACUGCUUCUCAGUCUGUUUUUCUUAGCAGAAUUUUUAAAAAACCCUCACAUCACCCCACGCUGAGUCCAAUUGGCAUUAGCCACAGGUCAAGGGAGCACAUUUUCGAUCUCAGCAUCACCACUGACGUACUCCAUCUUGACCCAGCUGACAUUUGCACUUAAGAAAAAAUGGAGGGAUGAAAGCUUUACAAAACCUUCAGUAAACAAGAGGAAUAACAAGCCCCCUUAAUGAAGUCACAUGACAUAGAUAAAUAGCUCCAGAAAUCUGCCUCUUAUUAGAGGGCAUCUUAAGACCUUUUAUCAUUAUUCAAGUUUUUAAGAUGCAGGAAUUAAUUGGAAAAAAAAGAGAUGUACAAAUUUGAUGUUCCAAACUUCAAUCACAACUUAUUUUUCAUCUAUGUCACCAUUGUGAUGACUGGUGAAAAGCAUUUGUUAUUUCUAUAGGAAGUGGCAGCAAAAAACCUAAAGUCUCCCAAGUCCCUUGCAUCCCACACUUGUGGAAAUGAAGAUGAACACAGCAACAACUAUAAAUGUUCACUUAUCUCCUUUUGUAUCAACUUCUAGUGCCACAAAAAGUUUAUAUUUUCAAGAGCAGAAAGGGAAAUGAAAUGCCUUUUUUACUGCAACGUAAAUGGAAGAAGAAUUUACGUUAAAAUGUCAGGUGAUUUCCUGUGUAAAACAGGCAUUCUAGAUUCUAGCACAGGUGAGCAAGCUCAGGAUGAAUGUAAUUAAGUGGAAUAGUAUAUAUUUAUUUUUUUACCACAUUUGUCAUCAGUAUGUUGUCUCACUAAAUCAAAGGAUAUGAUGAAACAGUAAGAAUAAGAUGAUCAGAGCAGAGCAUAUUAAUAUGUCCAGUGUCCAGUUCUCACGGCUCAGUUUAAUUAUAUAUAUAAAUUGGGGAGAUUUAUCCACCAUGCUGCUACUGGGUUCUUCUUGCUGUUUCAUUUGAGCUGCCGUUUCUUCACAUCAUUCCCCCACCUAUAAAAUAUACACCUUUUUUUUCCUUUUUUUUUCAUGUGAACAUAGGUGUAUUUAGACUUUUUUAAUUAUACAGGAUUUAUCAAGAAGUCUGAAUCCAGAUUCAUGUAAUUAGACUGAAGCUGCUUAAAGGAAAGUAUUUUUGGCAGAGGACUGGAAAACACUAAAAUUUCUAUAUGCUUCUAAGGUAAGUAAAAGAACCAAAGUGAAACUGCAAGUGUGUGUAAACAGCAAAAGCCAUCAGUUGUGAGUAGGCAUCCACCGUUCAUCAGCAUAUCACACAGGGAGCACUUUUAGUAGGAGAAAAUCUGUCUGAACGGUAGUGCACUUACGGGUUUUGGUUGAAGACAAGUGUAACUCCACUGACUCCACCCACAUUCCAAGGGCCCACAUUGUCAACAAGAGUUUCAAACUUCUCAUGAGACAGUGUCCAGUGGUCACAGGUGGAAGGGUAUACAGAAGACUGGAGAAGGGUGGAGAAGCAUAAGCUGCAACUGGAAAAACAAUUCAAUUCCUUUAUGACAGCACAACUUUUAAGCUUUUAAAAAGUUGACACUAAUGCUAUCAGAAGUUAAAAUAUCUCAACAGUUACCAGUAUCAGAACCAGCUCCUUUUUGUUAUUAAAAAUGAACAUUUGUGAGUGGGGUAUAUAUUUCACAUUAUUUAAAUUGAAUUACCUUUCAAAGGCAGCUUUGAGAAUACAAGCUGAUGUUUUCUCACUGGGUCCUCACCCUGAGAGACUCUGAGCACCAUCUGAGAGUUAAGUCCAAAAGGCAACUGAUCCAGAAAAAAAAAUCAUCAGCCUCAAGAAAAGAGGCAAAGAAGGUGAAAAUAUUUAGUUAACAAGUCACUGUGUUGGAAGUUUGGGAAACAAGGAAAUGCAGCAAGGGGAUGUUAAGACAAAUGUGUUUCACACUUCCUGCACCAACGUGUUCCUUCCUUUCUUCUGUUUGAUCAGGCUUUCAGUGAGCUAAACUCCACCAAGACACCAUGUUUAUGCAAUUGCCUUGCAGGCCAUGUGCAGCACUACAACCACAUGGCGAUACCAAGAAAGGUCAGAAACCUUUCUGUGCAUUAUGAAGCAUGCUUGUGGCAGGCUGAUUGUUGAACAAUAGCAAAAUGCCCAAGGGCAAAGGACCUUGUGUUUAACAAUAUGCUUCAAAUGUGCCAACCUUCUGUUAGCAGCCUUUUCCUAAGGCUUCUCCGAAUCUAUCUAUGGAGAGUAGAGGGGGAUAUUCUUACUUCGUUUUGUUACUUUUAUGAAUGUCUGCUAAAACUGUUGUGGACUCUUUCAUCUUCAUUGUAUUAGUGGUCUACUCAAGAGGAAUUUCAGAUUCAUUAGAAAUUACUAGACAGCGGUUAGUGAAUUAGGCAUAGGGCUCUCCUCUGGGGUAGAUUCCAUUGGUUAGUUUGUCAGGGUAAAGAAAUUUGCCAAGCCUAGAAGCUGUAUAAAUAUUUAGGAUACAGCACCUUAUUGAUCUGGAGUACACAUUCCAGGUAAAAUGAAACAGAACACUUUAUUUACCUCUUUAAAUUUGCCAUUAUAUAUAAAAUGUAAAUUCAGAUGAUAAAAGUGUGAUUGCAAGAGAUCAGAACACUACUGUUCCGGAAUGUUUCCUAUUUAUUCUACAAUGUGGUGUCUAUAGAAUAUAUUAUGAUGGAUGUUAGAUUAUUUUAUUUUCACCUGUUUUUUAUGCAUUGCAUCAAACAGCUCCUUUUUGAAUUUGAUGAUAAAACAUUCUCGUUUCUUGCAAUGGGACCAGACUUCCCAUUCUCAAUAUUAUGACCAUUUAAUGAGAUAGAAGUCUCAUCAUCCAUCAUUAUGUAGCUAUAGCAUGUGCCAUAUGAUGUAUUCUGUAUCAAAGGAUAGCUUAUGAAAUAGACACAUUAUGUAGUUGUGACAUGUGGUAAUAUUAGUGAACGUUACAGGACAGUUUCAAUAUCUCAUUACAUGGUCUUGUUUGUAAAUCUGUAACAUUCAAUAAAAUAGCACAUGUUGCAUCAAACAUUAAGUUCCACUAUCCAAUUAUUAGCUUACGUAUGGAAUAUGCAUUUCUGGUCACAGUGUGUAAGUUUGGUAUGUUUCGCACAUUUCUUUGUAUAGCUCCACUUUAAUGUCUUUAUGAGCUGAUGUAUAAACCUCUAAUGAGCCACUAUGGGCUGUGGCAGAUGAGUUGUCGUGGUGUGAAAGACAAACAGGCAUGUUAUGCAAAAGAUUAUAAGAUAUAUGAACUUUAAUAAUAUUUUAAAACUCAACUGAGCUUAGCUGUUUGUUUACAUAUGCUGGUUGACUGAGGAAGCGGUGUGCAGUAUUUUAUAAAUAUUUUCCUAUAGUAAUCCAUUCUGUUGUUUCCAGUUUAAGUGAUUCUAUUCUACAGUUGGGGUAUACACUUGUCCUAGGUAUUGUAUAAUAGCACAUUAUUCUUUCACAAUAACAGUGUGAUAUGACUGAAGUAGUUUCUCUUCCUUAAAGUCCAGUCUUUUUUUGUGUCAAAGAAAAUGCAUGCAUUGUUCCAUGAGUUUCUUUGGACUGCUAGGAGACAUUUUGCUAUUGCCUGCCUGUAAAGAUGAAUCCAGUUAGGAAUGAAUUCAAACUUUUGGAUGUUUACAUUAUUUCCAUUAUUUUUGAUCUUUAGCAAAGUAAGUGAUUUUUUUAUUAUUUUUAAAAGACAGUUGUAUUUUAUGAAAUUUGAAUACUCAACACAAAAUACGAACCUACAGCAGUGCUCAGACAUUUGGCUCUCUUUUUUUUGGAAGAGAUCAGGUGCUACACUAUUUUCUUAGCACAAGUGCCAGUUAACAAAUGGCAGUGAGGGGAUAAUUUGAAAAUAUAAUGAAAAACCAAAACAUCCAUUCAUCUACAUACAGAAAUCCCUCUGGGUUCCAGACAUAGAUUACCUUUUUUUGUUUGUUUUUUGGGGGCUUUUUUGUUUGUUUUUUUUUUUUUUAAUUUUCCAUUUAUAGAUUUUUUGGUAAAAAAAAAAAAAACAACAAAACUGAUUUGUACCUUUUGCGGAAAGGAUAGCCUUUUGUCAGGGGAUAAAUAUCUUAGUUAGGUAUAUUUUUUGUAUGAGAAGAAAACAAUCUGUUUCUUAGAAAACAGUCAGUGCAUGGAAAAUGCAACUACAUGAAUAACUGCUCAAAAAAAAAAGUGCUGGUAGCAGCACACAGCCUUAGUCCAAUGACUGCAGUGGGCGUAAGCCAGUAUCUGUCCUGAGAGCAGAAGUUAUCAAAGGUAUUAGAGUGAGCUAGUGAAACAAAAUUCUCUGUAAAGUCAUGGUGCAGGUUUUCAAAACAAGCAUAACUGUCUGAUUAUAUUGCUCAGGUUAAACACUGAAGAGGAUCUGAUAAUCACCCAAAAGGAAAGUGUGAGAUGGUUUUUCCUGGAUUUCCCUUGGAACACUUAAGUAGUUGUGAUGUCUUCCCCUGCUUUAAAAUGAUAAUAUAUUUGCAUUUUUUGCACAAAUUUGCAUAUUUGGUUCAACAAAGGCCACAUUUUCAUUUUUGUUGAGAGAUACUAGGUAUAGAUCAUCUUGAAAAAAAAUUGGUUAAGAUUCCUAGCAUUAAUUUUCCCUUCAACCACCUUAGAUAAAAUCACAGUCCAAACUGGGACGAGAAGUGAAAUAUUGGAUGGAAUUCAUUGUCCUUGCCAUGCAUUGGCAUAGGAGCAGUAGUAUUGGAUGCAGAGGGACUUUGUUUCUGCACCCUGAUUUUUAGCCAGUCAUACAGUUCAUACAGAACACUGCAAGUCACAUAGGCUUCUCUUCUCCAUGAUUGACUACAAUUACGGUCUUACUGAUGCUGGUGCAAAUCUGCAGAAAAUCCACUGAUUUCAGUGGCAUACUCUGGCUUCUGUCAGGAGAUGGAUUUAUUCUGCAUUUCUAACUCAAUAUUACUUUGAGUCAUGGCAUGCAUUACACUAUAUCAUCUUCAAGUUGGAGGUCUGAUGAUGGAGCCAUUGAGCCAGCCUGGUUGUGAAACAGUCUCUGACCUUUUAAUUUUUGCUGUAUGCUUUCAGGUAAUUCAUAGAGCCAUACAAUACUUAUUUCAAAAGGCUGUUAGGUAAAAACAUUUGAUUAUUAAAUUGCUGCUGUUUCUGCUGCAGGGAAGUGAUAGCUCUUGUUUAUUUUAAUAUCUGGGAGGGAGAGGGAAGGGACAGAAGAGGGAAUUGGAUGUGAAAUACAGUUGUGCAGGCCUGCACAAGAGUAAAUUGUAUUACAGUUAUAUCUUUUUUCCACCACUGCAGUUGUUGUACAUGACAAGAGUCUAUUUGCUGCUACUGCUGUCUGGAACAGUGUUUGCAAUAUUCUCUACUAAUAGCUAUUUAAUGACUUAUUAUUUGGGCUAUCAUUUGUAAGUGCAUAACAAUCAUUUAUAAAGGGAUAAAAAUUACUAAAAUGUUAUUUUAAACAAAUUCCUACUAAUACAAAGCUUUUCAAGUCUGAUUUGUCUAAAUGUACAUAACUAGGGAAAAUGGUCCUUUCCAAAGGUCUACUGGAUUCACAAUGCACUUUUAGACUGUGUUUAGAUGCGUAAUAAAAAGCAGAAGUUGGCAAUUACUACAGUAGAACUUUCUGAAAUUUCUGUAACAAUUGUUUUGCAAUAAAAAAAAGAUAUGUAGAUCAAAA